GUUUAUAUAAGUGAGUCGUACGCAAUCUUGCGUCAGCUCUCUCUCAUGUCAACAGCGGUGGAGAGCUCUGCAGGCGCAGAUCUCAUUUGGAUCUAGGGUUUGCCAGGCUCUUUGCAGAUGGAUCUACCAUCACACUGGGAGGAAACUCGAGCUUGGUCCUGGAUCCAGCACUGGAUGCUUCCAAGGGGUCUCUUUCCAGCCAUCUGAGAUCAUCAAUCCCCCAUUUCUUCUCCUUUAACACCCACUUUCCACUUAUUGAACUCCUUGGAGUUGUGAAAGUUUCUGCUUUGUAUUAAGUUUGGAAAUCCUUUUGCAAAUAUGGUACAGAAAAAAAGUCCUGAAAUGAAGGGCUUUCACCGUUCUUUUAAGUGUAAUACAGCAAACUCUAUAUACGUUACGUGAAGAGAUCUGUACUAGGAUGUUGAAGGGGUCAGAACCCAUUUGAAGUGGAUUUUUUAGAGGAGUCCAGAAACAUGGAAUCUGUGUUCAACUUUGACUGCCCUUCUCGCCCUGACAUGCCUUCGAGUGCUCCUAUUGAUAUUCCUGAUGCCAAGAAAAGAACAAAGAAGAAAAAACGUUGCAGGGCAACAGACAGUUUCACUGGAAGGUUUGAAGACAUGUAUCAGCUUCAGGAUGAGGUGCUUGGUGAAGGAGCUUAUGCCAAAGUCCAAAGCUGCUUUAACUUAUUCAGCAAUAAGGAGUAUGCAGUUAAAAUUAUAGAGAAACGACCUGGUCACAGCAGAAGUAGAGUGUUCAGAGAAGUAGAAAUGUUGUAUCAAUGUCAGGGCCAUAGCAAUGUCCUGGAACUAAUUGAGUUUUUUGAAGAGGAUAAAUUUUACCUGGUAUUUGAGAAGAUGUGUGGUGGCUCAAUACUAAACCACAUUCAUCGGCGGAAACAUUUCAAUGAGCGUGAAGCUAGUUUUGUAGUAAGAGAUAUUGCUGGUGCUCUAAACUAUUUGCACAACAAAGGUAUAGCACAUCGUGAUUUGAAACCUGAAAACAUUCUAUGUGAAAGUCCACAUCAGGUAUCCCCAGUGAAGAUUUGUGACUUUGACCUUGGGAGUGGGAUCAAAUUGAAUAGUGAUUGUUCACCAAUAUCCACCCCUGAACUUUUAACUCCGUGCGGAUCUGCAGAAUAUAUGGCUCCGGAAGUGGUUGAGGCGUUUAAUGAGGAAGCAUCUAUAUAUGACAAGCGCUGUGAUUUGUGGAGCCUGGGAGUUAUCUUGUACAUCAUGCUGAGUGGCUAUCCACCAUUUGUUGGACACUGUGGAAGUGAUUGUGGCUGGGAUAGAGGAGAAGCUUGCCCUGCUUGUCAGAAUAUGCUAUUUGUGAGUAUUCAAGAAGGAAAAUAUGAGUUUCCCGAUAAAGACUGGGCUCAUAUCUCAUCUGGAGCCAAAGAUCUUAUCUCAAGGUUACUGCUGCGAGAUGCCAAAAAGAGACUAAGUGCAGCACAGGUUUUACAGCAUCCAUGGGUGCAAGGGUGUGCACCAGAGAAUACACUCCCAACUCCUAUUAUUCUACAAAGGAACAGUAGUGCCAAAGAUCUUACAUCAUUUGCUGCUGAAGCUAUAGCAAUGAACCGCCAGCUGAUGGAGCGCGAAGAGGAAGAACAAGAAGAAGACUCUUCUUCAUGCCCUAUCAUGGUUAAAGCUACCUCUUGCUCCACUAAACUUUCUCCUCCUUCUGAAUCAAAGUUGGCGAUGAGGAGACAACAGGGAAGCAGAAGGGGCAUCUCUCCUCCUAACCUAGGCUCUCUUCUUAUUGUGAAUGACUGAGUUUACGUCUAAAGAAAAAGUGUAUGACUAAGCAAUGACACAGAAUGAUUAUUGUCUUUUUUGUUUUUCCCUUUUCAACCUCUGGCUGUGCAGCAGUCUGAUAUUUGACUAUAAAACAGAAUAUGGUGAACUCAUUUUCUUUCAGCAAUCUUCUUGAGGUGCACUCUAAAAAAGUUUUUAGGCACUAGAAAUUGCCUCCAAAUCAAAUAUCUGGCUGUUAAGUCUGCUUGUUUGAAAAUGCAAACUGACAGAUUUUUGGCAGAAGUCUCAUUUGAAGGAUUACUUUUUGUAUGUUUGAGGUUGGUCAAAACCUUAAAAUGUUCAUGCACAUAUCAUGCUUAGAGCCAGUGUUAUUCAAAGCAACACUUACAACACGGGUAUAUCAUAGUUACAGGUAUAUGGGUGUACUAGGAUUUUGAAAUUGGUUAAACUAUGAAAAAGAGGGGAUAGGGCAAUGACUAUAAAAUUGUGUUCAGUCUAGGGGAAUGUAUAUUCUGUGCAUAGCAUUUUUUUUAUCUUUGUACAGGUUGUGAGGAAAUUUUAGGUUUGUGUCGUAUUUUUUGUCUGCUUUGUUGAGACAGCACUGUAAAACUAGACACAGUCCAUAGACUAAAGUGGCAUUCUUUCUAGGCAAAGAUAAAUAGCACCCCAUUUCCUUUUUCUCCUCGGUACAAGGUAACAGAACUGCUCCCAUGUUUUUGUUUUUCAGACGUUUCAAAUAGAUAUGCAGCCUUUUUAGAUGCUUAGUUUAUACAGAAAUGUACAUCUUUAUUUUCAGUUAGUGCAUCUUUUGUCUUGGGACUAACCAUUCUGUCCUUAUACUUGUGUACUAGCCAGGAAGCCAGUUUCUGUCCUUUCCUCUGUAGAUGGAAACUCCCUCAGCAGCCCUUUAUUCCUCCCACUAGAUCCCCCACCUCCUCCACAGGAGCAUAGAAUAUUAGAAUCAUUAAGCUUCAAGUACCUUUUUACAUCUCAUGGUCACUUGAUUGUCAUAUGGGUUA